AUGUAUUUUUUCACUGAGAAAAUGCACAGUUUGAAGAUGGGCUUCCCUGACUACAUCCAAACAUUGGAAGAAGAACGCCGUAAGAUUCAGGUGUUCUCCAAAGAGCUACCUCUUUCCUUGGAACUGGUCACUCAAGCCAUUGAAGCUUGCAAGCAGCAAUUGUCUGGAACUGCGAGUGAGUAUAAUUUGAAUGGCCACUCGGAGUGUUCGGAGCAGACAACAUCAACGGAAGGGCCUGUUUUGGAGGAGUUUAUUCCAAUCAAGAAAAUGGCAUCAUCAUCCCCUUUUUGUGAUGAAGAGGAUGAGGAUGAUGAGCAACAUUCUCACAAGCAAAGGGUUUCAAAGGAAAAUAAUAACAGUGAUAAGAGGAAAUCCGACUGGCUUAGAUCUGUUCAGUUGUGGAAUCCAGAUCCCCCAGCUGAGGAGGAUGUGAAUAAGAAAGUGCCUGGAUUGGAAUUGAAGAGAAGUGGAAAUGGUGGUGGUGCUUUCCAGCCAUUCCACAAGGAAGAAAGAGGUGCAAAGACAAGUGAAUCAUUGAGUAAAGCACCCUCUUCAACCUCGGUAGCCGCCGCGAGUUCUAGCGCCGCAGAACCCGCAGCAGAAAAAUCUCUGAAUGAGGGACAGAGAAAGCAGCGCAGGUGCUGGUCACAGGACUUGCACAAGCGCUUCUUGCAUGCCCUUCAGCAGCUUGGGGGUGCAGAUACUGCCACACCAAAGCAAAUUAGAGAGAUAAUGAAUGUUGAUGGCCUCACAAAUGAUGAAGUCAAAAGCCAUUUGCAGAAAUACCGUUUGCACACUAGAAGGCCAAGUCCCAUGGUUCACAACAGUUCCAAUCCACAAGCAGCACCUUUUGUCCUUGUAGGAAACAUUUUUGUCCAAUCACCAGAAUAUGCAGCUGUAGCUACCUCAACAGCAUCAAGAGAAGUGGCCACAGUUGCAGCACCUGCUGGAAUUUAUGCACCAGUGGCCACACACCCUACACCUGUUUCACACCCACCAGCUGAUUCAAUUAAGAAUCCACAGUUUAAGAAGGUAAAGCUGUUUGAGCAUUCAAUUUCAGAUGAAAGGGCUAAUCACAGUGAAGGAGCUGUUCAUUCAAAUUCCCCUACCUCAUCCUCCUCCACACAUACCUCUACUUCCCUUGGCUAUUGAGUUUUAAGAUAUUGCACAAGUUUUGUAACCAAGUUGUUGUAGAAAGUCCUUAGAUAUUUUCUUAUGACUUUUUUUUUUACUAAAAAUGUUCUUUACUCCUGUUAUCUGGGAUUUAAAUCAUAGAGGUAAAAUACACAGAAGGUGACAGUUUUGAUGUCAAAUGAAGUCCCACCCUCUUGGCUGGUUACUAUGUUAUCUCCUUGGUACAGAAGGUGAACUGAAAUUUCGAAUUUUAAAAUUUGGAAGCAUGCUCAAUGUUUCAAUUGGUCCAGCUUCUCAAGAUUGUGACAAAUUAAAGUUACUGUUCUGACUUAGUCAUAUUCCUUACACCUUGGGUAAACUAUUAAUCACACCACUGUGUUAGUUGGGAAUUAAAAGUGGUCCACCUAAGCACCUACACUGUCUUGGUUGUUUGGUUGGAGUUAGAAUUAAUGGAUUAUAGUUGUAGCAUGAUGACUAUGAAGGAGGAUCUAAGAAUAUCCAAUGGAAUAUGCAAUGAACAGAACCUACAUAGGACAAAAAAAGAUGCAGACAUGUGUCAGUUGUGAAAAUGCCAAUUUCAGCAACUGUGAAUUACAAUAGUAUUUCUGAAGAGCUUCAUUAGUUUCAAAAACUGUCAGUUAUGAAACUAAUUAGAUUAUGACCAAAUGACUAUUGUGGAUUAUUAAAGAUUACAGCAGAGGUUAGGUUUUGCUGGAGGGUCCUCAUUAAUUUUUUUUCUGUCCUUGUCUCUUUCCUUUUGGUUGAGAGUGGCCCCAAAUGAACUUGCAAGUUGCACAAGAGAUUACCAAAUAAAUACAAGCAUUGGAAAUUUGCACA